UGGACAGUCUCUGCAUACUUCAACAGGCCUCUUCUGCAUUAUGCCCAAUAUGGCCACGUCCAACAGCUCUGAUAUCCUCCGCCUGGUGGACCAGGUCAAAGCUGCUGCCGACAAGAACUAUACUGACUCUAGCCCGGAGACCCAUGCUGAUCUUCUCAAGAAGAUUAAUGACCUGAAGCUCGCUGUUGAGACUCCUACUGAGACGGUUCUGAGAAUCAUCUAUCAGCCUCCCCAGAAUGCCGCCCUGCGCAUAGUAACCGAUCUGGGCAUUUUCGAUCACCUGGUAGAGGCAGGUAAGCAUGGCCAUGGUGUCUCUGCCGCCGAAUUGACCAAUGAUACAGGCGCUGCUGAGGAUCUCAUCGCUCGCCUCAUGCGUGUUAUGGCCUCGCUGGGCCUCUGCAGCUCUCCCGAGUCUGGUGUAUACAUUGCCAACAGCAAAACCAGUAUCAUGACCGAGCCUACCGGUAAGGACGGGGUUAGAUGCAUCUAUGACCUCACCCUUCCCACUCUCUCGAAACUUCCGGCAUUUUUGAAAUUUACAAACUACGUGAAUCCUACUGAAUACUUGCGCUCUCCAAUGGCGUACGCGGUUGGACAGAGCCAGUUUGAGUGGCUGGCAGACCACAAAAAACAACAGAGCUGGUUCAACUCCUACAUGGCUAGUCGCCGGGAGGGCAAACAGAAUUGGUUUGACAUUUACCCUGUCAACAGAGUCAUUCAGGAGGCCGCUAGAUUCGACGAUGUUCAUACCCGUCACCAUAGCCAUGGCCAUGAAAAUGGAGGUGAAGAGGCUGAGCACCACGACAAGACACCGCACAGGAACGAAGAAAAGGUAUUCCUAGUUGAUAUCGGCGGGAACCAGGGCCACGAUCUGGUCAAACUCCGGAAACGUCUUGGUUCUGAAUUUCGUGCGAAACUUGUGUUGCAGGACCUACCUUCUGUUCUUGAGUCGUCUUCGAAUACCGAUGGGAUUGAGAAGAUGGCAUAUAGCUUCUUGGAACCACAGCCUGUCAAAGGAGCGUACAUCUACUUCUUCCGCUCUAUCUUCCAUGACUGGCCUGACGAUACGUGCCGCAAGAUCCUCCUCAAUACCAAAUCUGCCAUGGAUCCCGUGCAUUCGCGGAUUAUCAUCGUCGAUUUUGUUCUCUCGGACACGGACACCCCUCUUAUCCAGUCGUCUAUGGAUAUUCAGAUGAUGAGCAUCGGAGCAGGAGUGGAGCGAUCAGAACGUCAAUGGAAGGAAUUACUACAGAGCGCUGGAUUUGUGAUUCGAGGGAUCUGGAACUUCAGUCCUGGAAUGGAGUCAGUAAUCGAGGCUGCCCCUGAUGAGGGUUCUACAAGUGAAACGCCAGAGCAAGACGAGAAGAAAGAACCGCAUCAGAAGAAUGCGGUGGCUAAUUUUGGAGCAGGGAUCAAUUCUGUUCAGGCCCAGGUGGAAACUCUUUGGCUACAGCGGGCUUUCGGCGUUGGGCGUCCUUAGGUUAUUGGAUUUCGGAGCUGAUAUUGACCUGGACACGUUCAUGUUUCUGUUUGGAGAGACAUCUUGAGAUAGUCAUAUAGUUAAAGCAAAUACCAUUCGGUGGAAAUUAAAGAGUGAAUUUAAGCCUUGCCAGAAU